AGCAAAUCCGGUAAAAUAUUUAGCCGUGUGUUGAAGUGGCGAUAAAAGCAGAAGAGUCUACAUUAGGUGCUGCAGAAGGAUUUUACCACAUUUUUAAAACGCUGCUUCUUCUUAAUAAUUACGUGUAGCCAUUUUACAAGGAGUUUAACGUGACUGAUCAAUGUUUCUCUGUCCUUAACAUGGACUGUCGAAUACUGUCGAUUCAGAGUCACGUGGUUAGAGGAUACGUAGGAAACAAGGCAGCUACUUUUCCUUUGCAGGUGCUUGGCUUCGAAGUGGACUCUAUAAACUCAGUACAAUUCUCCAAUCACACAGGAUACGAGCACUGGAAAGGACAAGUGCUGACUGCUGAUGAGCUCCACGUCCUUUACGAAGGAAUUAAACUUAACAAAGUCAACCAUUAUGACUAUGUGCUUACAGGUUACUCCAGAGAUGUUUCUUUUCUGGAGAAGGUGGUGGACAUCGUACAGGAGCUGAAGCGUGCCAACCCCAGGCUUGUAUAUGUAUGUGAUCCAGUUAUGGGAGAUAAUGGAUCAAUGUACGUUCCAGAAGCCCUGCUGCCUGUCUACAGGGAAAAGGUGGUGCCAUUGUCUGACAUCAUAACGCCUAACCAUUUUGAGGCAGAGCUUCUUACAGGAAUGAAGAUCAGUACAGAAAAAGAUGCAGUAGAGGCAAUGGAUCUGCUGCAUGCUAUGGGUCCCGACACCGUUGUCAUCACCAGCUCAGACCUGCUCUCUCCUCUGGGGGAUCAGUAUUUAGUGGCCCUUGGGAGCCAGAACACAGUGAACGCUGAUGGAAGUAAAGAGAAGCAGAGGAUCAGAAUGGACAUUCCCAAAGUAGAUGCUGUGUUUGUAGGUACUGGGGACCUAUUUACUGCGCUGCUGUUAGCAUGGACCCACCACCACCCUAAAGACCUCAAAGCAGCCUGUGAGAAAACUGUUUCAGUGAUGCAGCAUGUCAUUAACAGGACUAUUGCCUACGCCAAGGACGUGGCUGGUCCUGACCGGAGACCGAGCCCUGCACAGCUGGAACUGAGAAUGGUGCAGAGUAAAGCAGACAUUGAGGAUCCUGCCAUAACCAUUAAUGCUAUUGUGCUCUAGAGUUUCACUUCAGCUAUCAUCCAGUGUGUGUCCUGACACAUAAAAGCUCUCUCAAAGAGCUCAUCUCACUUCAGAUAACACAAAUCCAUUAUUAUGUAAAGCAGGAAAAACUUGAGUGAAUGAAUGAGUGAAUGAAUGAGACUCAAACACAUGUAAAAUCACAGGUCAUCCAAAUACUAACUAAAGCCAUGGUGGUUUUUGUGUUCCACUUCAGUACUGUAUGCGAAUAACACAGAGUUUUUAAUAUUUUAUUAGAAUAAUGUGAGCGAAAGGAAGUCCUGAUCAGGAAUUACUGUAACCAGUCGGUCAGAUGUUUGCUGCUACAAUGGAGGAUUAUUUUAACGAAUUUAAAAAAUAUAUUAAGGAUAGUUCCUCAUUUUAAACAGAUGACAGUUUAACAGUUAGACACCACAUCCCUAUCAGAGUCUGCCACGAGCUUCACUUACAGUAAACUCAUUGUUCUACUGUCAUUCAAACCCUCCUCUUUUUUUUAACUUCUGUGCUUCAUACCGUCUGUAUUUCACUUCUGUCAUUAUGAAUAGUGUAAUGUUUCUCUAAUAAUGUUAGUCUUCUUAUUAGGGAAAUAUAACUUAAGGGACUUAUCUUUAUCAAAUCAUUCAGUAGCAAGAGUAGCCAGUACUGUCUUGCGUGUUAAGUGUUGCAUCUCUUGUGAAAUUUGCAAGAUUUAUGAUUUACAAAAUAGUUUUUUUUUUGUUUUACACAGAAUUUUGUUUCUGCUGUUCUUGCCUCAUUGUGGCAAAUGUGGUACUAAGUGCAAUAUCUAGAAAUGUUCCAUAAUCCACUUUAGCAAUUAUCUUUACUUUUUGUAAUGCUUCUAAUGAAUCUAUGCAUUUGAUCACAUUUUGUAGUCAGUGUAAAUGUCGCUGUAUAUCGGGACCUGAAAAUGCUGCAGUUUAUUAAUAUAGAAGAAUUAAAUGAUCACGUGUCUUUGUACAAGUAACUGCUGAAUUUUUAAUAUAGCAGUAAAAAUGAACACAUUAACUCACUUUUACUUAGCAACUACAUGAACUGUCUGCCUUUACUUUGUGAUUAUCUAAUGAUCCACCAGCUAACUAUGAUGAUUAUUAAAUAAAGAUAAUGUUCUUGAGCUCAGCAAA